CGGGUCAUUGUGUGGCCACGCCCCCGGCCCUUUGUGAAGCAGACAAGCCCUGCCACGUGUCGGAACUCGGCCUCCGAGCAGCCCCCGACUCUGACUGGGGAUCGCAGUGAUCUAGUGGGCUCUGCUCCUGGAGCCAUGCGUUCCUUACACAGAUUAGUCCUUUUCUUUUGCCUGUGUGGCUGUUUCAUUGCUCAGGGACAAAAGAAAGAGGAGAGCACAGAAGAAGUAAAAAUAGAAGUUUUGUAUCGUCCAGAAAACUGUUCAAAGACCAGCAAGAAGGGGGACCUGCUCAAUGCCCAUUACGACGGCUACUUGGCUAAAGACGGCUCGAAAUUCUACUGCAGCCGGACACAAAAUGAAGGCCACCCCAAAUGGUUUGUUCUCGGUGUUGGACAAGUCAUAAAGGGUCUGGACAUUGCUAUGAUGCAUAUGUGCCCUGGAGAAAAAAGAAAAGUAAUCAUACCUCCUUCAUUUGCAUAUGGAAAGGAAGGCUAUGAAGAAGCCAAGAUUCCACCUGAUGCAACAUUGAUUUUUGAGAUUGAACUUUAUGCUGUGACCAAAGGUCCACGGAGUGUUGAAACCUUUAAACAGAUAGACGCAGACAAUGACAGGCGACUUUCUAAAACUGAGGUAAGCCAUUACUUGGAAAGAGAAUUUGAAAAGGAUGAGAAGCCACGUGACAAGUCAUAUCAGAAUGCAGUUUUAGAAGAUUUUUUUAAGAAGAAUGACCAUGAUGGCAAUGGCUUCAUUUCUCCCACGGAAUAUAAUGUGUACCAACAUGAUGAACUAUAGUCUAUGUUUAGUUAAUCAUUGUACUUAUACAACAAUUUACUUCCUUCUAUUUUGUGCUUCCUACUUUGUCCCCAUGAGAAGACACUUUGUUUCCCCCACAGUACAUAUAAUUGUGGUAUAAUAAAUGUGAGACUGUUUUGCAAAUUUAACUCUCAAGAAAAAAUAUGAUUGUAUUUCCUGUGGCUUUAUUCUGUGAACACUAACUGUAGCACUCUGGAGUGGGCCUGUGAGCAAUAACCUCCCUUUAGGCUAUAACAAAAUAUAACAAAAUCUACAAACUUCCCAAUACUAACUCUUAACAGCAUGUAUAAAUGUAAAGAUCUAAUAUUUUAAAUGUUAAAAUGUCCCAUAUUUUAAAAAUAUUCAAUAGAGACCCAGGAAAUAAUGUUUCACUCGUUUUUGCAUUUCGUAACAUCAUGGAUAGUAAGGUAUAAAAAUUAGGACUAAAGCAUCUACCUGCCUUUGGUACACAUGAAAGAAGAUAUUGAUUGUGUAUCUCUGUCCCACAAGAAAUUUCAGCCUAGUCUAUGCUUUUUUGGUUCAAGCUUCUGUCUUUGGGUAUUUGUUCUAAUGGGAAAUGUUUAAAGAUAUUUGACCAGACCAAAGUCUUUUUACCUCUUGUAGCAGGAAUUAGAAGUAUACAUCUUCAGAAAUUAAUAUAAAUGUGCUCUCUCUCUACCCUCUCACAGGCCUUUAUUAGAUAUCUACCACCCCUGACCUUCCGUCUCCAUACUUUUAAACUGAUGCCAUGGAAUUUCUUAGCUUCCAGUUACCUUUCUCUAGAUAUCUCUUUCUUUACAACACUUUAUAGCAUAACAUUCUUAUCGUUAACGGUGCAUGAUCAUUAUAAACUUUCAUUUUCAGUACUCACUUCGGCAGCAUAUAUACAAACUUUCAUUUUCAAAGACAGACACAUCCCAGGCUGGGGACUUGGUUCAGUGGUUCU